AUGGCGAUACCCAGCCGACCUCGCAUUCUACUCAUAGACUCGUACGAUUCAUUCACCCACAAUCUUGCAGCAUUAUGUCGUCGCGCUGUACCUGAAUGUGACAUCCAUAUCAUCAAGAACGACGCCAUCUCCAUUUCGGAGCUCACUGUCCUGUUGGAUCACUUUUCUGCUGUGAUCGUCGGACCAGGCCCUGGUUCCCCCUACAAUCCAGAUGAUAUAGGUCUGAUCAAGCACCUCUGGAAGCUUUCCGAUCAACACCUUCUCCCCGUGUUUGGAGUUUGCCUUGGUCUACAAAGUCUCGCUCUGGAAUUCGGUGGCCGGCUCAAGAGACUGAGCGUAGUCAAACACGGCCAGGUAUCGCGCAUCCUUCACCAGGGUAGUGAGAUAUUCAAAGGCGUCGGGGACGUGGAUGCUGUUCGCUACCAUUCGUUGCACGUAGAGCUACGCGGUGACGAGGAGGUCGAACCGCUCGCCUGGGCAGAUGAUGGGGAGGAGAAUGGACGCGUCGUGAUGGCCGUCAAGCACAACGUCAAGCCGUUUUGGGCUGUCCAGUACCAUCCUGAGUCUGUCCGUACUCGCGGUGGGGGAGCAGAAGUCCUUUCAAACUUUUGGCGUUUAGCCAAGAAUUGGGCUAUGAUGAAGUCCCGACAGCUACGUCCCUGGAGUGCUACUGUCGGCACAGCAGUCGGUCCAUCAUGGCCCAUCUCACCACCCAUGAGCGCCCCUCACUCCUCUGUCCCAGUCACCAAAGUCAGCACCCGCGUCUUGCAGUUACCCGGGAUCGCACCCACUCAGAUCUGCGAGCUCCUCGGUGUCGCCGACGAGUCCUCCGACUUCGUCUUACUUGACUCUGCUGCUCAGCCUGGCCGAUUCUCCGUGAUCGGAUGUCUCACGGCGGCAUCGCAGAAAAUAACGUACUGCGUGGGCGGUUCGCAUGUGUGCGUGUCGACGCAAGGUGAUGGUUCACACUUGGAGCAACUGCACGCGGCUGAUAUCUGGACGUGGCUUGCCGCCUUCAUGCGUGCUAGAAGAGCGGAGGCUGGCGCGACCGAAGUGCCCUUUUGGGGCGGGCUUGUCGGGUUCUUGACCUAUGAGCUCGGUGUGCAAUCUUUGGCUGCGGCACUGCCAUCGCGACGGCAAAAAUGCGCUCAUGGACGUCACUCUGACGUUAGUCUGGUAUUUGUCGAAAGGAGCAUAGUCUUAGACUCCCUAACAGGUAAGGUGCAUGUGCAAUCAAUAUUGCCAGACGACGACGCCUGGCUUGACGAUACAUCUCUUCUCCUCAAACAGAGCGCCAAGACGCAGCCAGAAGAGGCGCGCGCUUCACCUACCAAGCGCAGAAAGAAGAACAGUUCUGCGGCUGCUCCUACAGUGGUUCUUCCGGAUCGCGAACGAUACAUCGCUCGUAUCAACCAAGCCAAGGAACAUCUGUUCGCUGGUGACUCAUAUGAGCUCUGUCUCACCGCAGCCACUCACAUACGCGUUCCGAAGACAGUCUCCACAGGUGCAAAGCGCAGCUCCUCGUCAUGGGAACUAUACAAACUCCUGCGCUCCCGCAACCCCGCGCCUCAUUCCGCCUAUCUGCGCUUACACCCGUCCACUCUCCUUUCGUCCUCUCCUGAGCGCUUCCUGUCCUAUUCCAGGCCGCCGCAUUCCACAUGUCAACUGCGCCCCAUCAAGGGCACUGUCCGCAAGGCACCCGGGGUAACGCGCGCUGUUGCGGAAAAGGCGCUUGUAGGUAGCGCGAAGGAAGUCGCGGAAAAUCUCAUGAUCGUUGAUCUGAUACGACAUGACUUGCACGGCGUCGUUGGCGAGGUUGUGGAGGUCAAGCAGUUCUGCAAAGUAGAAGAGUACAAGACUGUCUGGCAGCUCGUGAGUGUCAUCGAGGGCAAGCUACCAGGUGAUGUAGAUAGCGAGCAUGAGAUGAAUUUGGGAUGGGAAGUAUUACAACGAAGUUUGCCGCCUGGCAGCAUGACCGGAGCGCCCAAGAAGCGAAGCGUGGAGAUUCUGCACACGCUCGAGGAUGACGAUCGCAGCGUCUACUCUGGCGUGUUCGGGUACUGGUGCGUCGGGGGCGGAGGAGACUGGUCUGUGACUAUUCGCAGUUGUUUCAAGCAUGACGAGACCCAACUAUUGUCCCGUGCUGACGAAGACGAGGAUGCCGAAGACGAUUCAACUCGGGCCGACACCUGCACCGAAGAGUGGACCCUUGGUGCUGGUGGCGCCAUAACGGCGCUGUCUGACCCUGAAGCAGAGUGGGAGGAGAUGAUUGUGAAAGUGGAGAGCGUGAUCAGGGCGUUUGGGGAUGUGGAAUUCUCCUGA